AUGAGCGGGAGGUCGAGAAACUUGAACUCCGUUUUUUACUCCGAUGUCUACCAUCCCAUUCAAGCCGGAAGUAUCGACGGCACCGACAUUCUCCCUCACGACAACGCCAUUCUUCGUGCUCAACUAUGUUCCUCUAUUGGCCUCUAUGAUCCAUUUGGUGAUCCUAAGGCCACUGGUGACCCUUAUUGUACCCUCUUCGUGGGUCGUCUAUCAAGACUCACCACUGAAGACACUCUCCGCAAGGUUAUGAGUCAGUAUGGCCGGAUUAAGAACUUGCGCCUGGUGAGGGACAUUGUGACUGGAGCUUCUCGUGGAUAUGCUUUUGUCGAAUUCGAAGCUGAAAGGGAGAUGCGUCAAGCAUAUAUGGAUGCUCAUCAUUUGAUUAUUGAUGACUGUGAAAUCACAGUUGAUUAUAAUAGACAACAACUGAUGCCCGGAUGGAUUCCUAGAAGGUUAGGUGGUGGUCUUAGUGGUAAUAAGGAGUCGGGACAACUUCGUUUUGGGGGAAGAGAAAAACCAUUUCGAGCACCCUUGAAACCAAUUCCAUACGAGGAAUUGAAGAAGCUCGGUAUCCCACCUCCACCUGAGGGAAGAUACAUGUCACGUUUUGAGGUUCCAUCCCCUCCUAGAAGAGAAAGGAACCUCUCAAACAAGGAAGAAGACUCUGAUAAAAGGGGUUCAAGUGACAGAAACAGGACAAAAGGAAGUCCAGUUGAGAUGGAGGAAAAACAGUACAAAAGAAGUUCAAGUCAUCGAGGAGAUUACUCGCGUGGAAGGAGUUCUUUGGAGAGGAGUGAUGAUUACUAUGACAGGAGGUCUUCGGAGAGGCGUGAUCGUUACCAUGAUAGGAGCUCUUCGGAGAGGAGUGAUCGUUACGAUGACAUGAGGUCUUCGGAGAGGAGUGAUCGUUACCAUGAUAGGAGCUCUUCGGAGAGGAGUGAUCGUUACCAGGAUAGGAGCUCGUCAAAGAGGAGUGAUCACUCUUCGGAAAGGAGUGAUCGAUAUCAUGACAGGAAGUCUUCAAAGAGGAGUGAUCGCUCUUCGGAAAGGAGCUCUUUAGAGAGGAGUGAUAGUUACCAUGACAGAGGCUCUUUGGAGGGGGCUGAUUGUUACCGUGACAGUAGCUCUUCUGAGAGGAGGGAUCGUUACCGUGACAGGAGUUCUUCAGAGAGGAGUGGUCGUUACAAGAGUUCAACAGAAACAGAUAAACAUUCACGAAAAAGAAAAGAAAAAAGUGAACGCUCUCCUAGGCGAGAAAAAUAUAGUCGAUAUUCCCCUCAUGAGGAAGACUAG